UUUUCAGUAAUUAUUUUCUGGCGUCCACUUCCGGUGGACACCGGAUGUUACAAGAAAUUACUGACGGCCCUGUUUGCAGGUUCCUACAAAGCAAGAUGUGGUGCAAGUUGAUGGUGGAGGCGUUUGCGCUGAGAGAUUGACCUGACAGGGCUUGUGACAGCCAAACCCCUGCUAUAGCUGUGCCUUACCAAACUGAAGACCAUGAUGGAGCGAAGAAGAGCCUUAAUUCUUCCGUUUACUGUAGACAAGGAUAAAUUGAUGGAAAACCCACUCAUAAUCCCCAAAGCAUGUAUUUCACCAGAGUGUGGGAAGUUAGAAAGACAGGUGUCCUGGACAGCAAUUGCAGGUUGCAAAGUCAAACAAAAUGACACACCGCCUAAAAAGCGUUCUGUGCUUUUGGGCCACAAUGGUGCAACGGUGGUCACUCUGGAAAUGGCCAGGAGGAAGCCCUGUCUGAUCCUAACAGAUGUCCUAAAGACAGAGCAGGGCAAGACUUACUUGGAGAGGAUAAAACUGAGGCAAACACCGACAAACAGGAGAAGAGUGACGAGUACAAGGAGAGAAAGUGGCCGGCCCAAAGAGGAACCUCUGAUCAGCAGAGAGAUGAGGUCUAAGAAUGACCUGGAGCAUAGUGAACCUAAGAAUGACCCUAAACACAACCAGAAGACCACCCCCUUGCCUUCCCCAAGACGAACCAGGAAAAAGUUACAGAUGGUCGAUGAUGCAGACAAGGAGGAAAUUGAGACGAUAACAGUAGGCAAGGAGUCGGAAGAAGACAGCAAAGUCGCUGAGGUUGUAGAUUGCGGGUUAUCAGUAAGCUGGGAACAUGCAGAGGAUAUAAAAGGUUGUGAGGUUGUGCCAUCGCCAGAAACCAUAGAUUCUGCAAAAGACGUACAACACAAUUUGAAGCGGAAGCGGAAGGAUUCAGAUGUCCAGUGCAAUGGAACAGGAAGCCCCAAACGCAACCGUGGGAGUGUGCUUCGCCUCAGUGGAGAAGGUGGGAGAAACGAAGGGGCAUUCCCUGCACACGUUUGUGUGGAAGAUGGUGACGGCAACGAUGGUGGCGACAACAGAUAUUUGGAGAACGGGGACCGCAGCAUUGUACAGUUCACUGUGGGCGAAGAUGCCAGGACAGAAAUCGUAAUCCCAAUGAUCAGCCAAACUUUAGAGGCUGGAGACAACACUAGCAGUCCCCGGAGAAGUUUAUCGCAUAAACAGGAUAGCACCACCAACACCAGCCCCCCUGAACCAAUCGUGCUUUCCAGUGACGAUGAGGAGAGUGGUGCCAUUCCUGAGUACUGCAGCUCAGAGGUCCACACACUGACGCUGACGCUGGAAGACACUGAAUUACAGGGACAGGCCUCUCGGGAAUGUGUGGCCGAGCAGCCAGAAGCUACCGACAUGCAAGACAUGAAGGUGCUGCAUAUCGUUAUACAUGACCUCCCUGCCUCCCCUGCCCCCAUCGAUAGCGACUAUUUCAUGGGCAUCGCCUUCUCCAGCCUGCACUGUGGCGCUUACCGAGGCAAAGCCAAAGGCCAAAUCAUGAUUGGAGACGAAAAAAUCAGCAUCCCACUAAAAGACAUUACUGGCUGUGCGGAGGGAACAUUAAGCUUUGCGCGCAAAGAGCUGAGGCGCUACAGUGUUUGGGAGCAGGAGGAAAUGGAGGCCCAGCAGCUUCACUUCAGGGGAGACGAGGAGCCUUCCCCCGCUGCUAUUCUGCUGCUUUAUGUGUCCGAAAAUGCUGCCGCCACUAUACAGCAAGACCUCUACAAGCUGUGCACCAACCAAGACGAACCCAUACACACAGGCAAGGCGAGCCCCUUCAUCUUGCUGAGUCUGAAGGAUCCUCUGGAGGGAAUGGAGGGAGCUUUAUUUCGCUCGCUACUGGACAUUGACUGUCUCAACAGUGCAUCACCUGAACCUUUCAUUCCCCAUUUAAACCAUUGGGGAGAUGUCAGCAAUCCUGUUCUUAGCCUUGACGAGAGCAUAGAUCUCAUUAGAAGAACCGGACUGGACACUAGCCUGUUGUCUUUGCUGGGUCUGGAUGUGUGCGACCCUGGACACAACAAAGAUCAGGAAGAACCAAAUGUAUUUGAAAUGGACAAAAUCGACAUUGCACAAACAGAAAUAGAAAUUGAGCCACAUGAGGCGACGGCACCAGAGCUGGAGAUCGCGCCACAACCGGACACUAUUGCUAAACUCGAUCCAGAUGAAGAUGAGACUGAAGAGGAGCAGGAACAUCCCUCUGAGCAGAAGAAAAAGGAGGAGCCCACCAAUGUGUACACGUUGUGCCAUCGAAGAACCAAAGGAUGCUACCACGUGUCUCUGUGUAAACCCGGUUCCAACUGGACUAAGUUUAAACAUCAGGGACUGACGCGCAGGCUGAUUCAGUUUCCUCCUCCACCACUAAAAGGAGGCAUAACCGUAACAAUGGAGGACCUGCAGUGCCUUGACAGCGGGCAGUUCCUUAAUGAUGUUAUCAUUGAUUUUUAUCUUAAAUACCUCCUGCAGAACGCCUCGGCUGCUGUGGCCAAGCGAUCCCACAUAUUCAGCAGCUUCUUCUACAAGCAGCUGACACGAAGGGACAAUGCCAGCGAAGGAACCACGAGUGACUCUUGUCAGAGGCAGAGGCGACACCAACGGGUGAAGACUUGGACUCGCCACGUGGACAUCUUCGAUAAGGACUUUCUGUUUGUGCCCGUCAAUCAGGAGGCUCACUGGUAUUUAGUCGUCAUUUGCUUCCCUGGGCUGACUGAGCCAAAGGUGGAGGCCUGGACUAGCCCAGAUUCACAGGGAGAGAAGUGUGAUGGUGGAGCAGGAGGGCUAGCGGAUCAAGACGAGGCCCACGGAUCAAAAAGCCCUAGUGGUAACUCAGAGAUGCAGAUUUCAUUAGACCACAGCGAUGGUAUGGACACCCAGACAGAAAAUCCUCUAGAAGAAUCUUCCAAAGACCCACCACCUGGUCAAGUAAACUGUACAGAGAAGACCUGCCAGAGAAAAGCUGUUUGCAAAAGGCCGUGCAUUCUCAUCAUGGAUUCCCUCAAGCUUUCUCUCCACGAGCGAGUCGUUAAACUGCUGUGGGAGUAUUUGCAGUCCGAAUGGGAGGUGCGCCGAGGCUCAUCGCGGGAGUUUGGUCCUGAUCAGAUGAGAAGCUCUCACUGCCUAGUUCCCCUUCAGGACAACACCAGCGACUGCGGCCUCUACCUGCUGCAAUAUGUCGAGAGCUUUUUGGAGGACCCUGUGGUGCACUUUGACCUCCCUCUGCAUCUAGAACGAUGGUUUCCGCGGCAGAAGGUUCGCCGGAAACGCGACAAAAUCAGAGAUCUGGUGCUGAACCUUUACAGACAUCAGAACCUGCACGAAGACGAAUAGAGGCCUCUGCUGCUCAGUUCAUCACGUUCCUGCAGAAAUUAUCACUGCUCAUACUGAGCAACAGACAUUGUGAACUGAAAAGUUUUUAUUUUAUUUGAUUAGUUUUUGUUGUUUUGUGCAUUAACUUGAACAAACCUUGUGAACCAUUGACUGUCCGUGGGUUCUCUGAAGGAAUGUGACGGCAUCAUUAAUUUUAAAACAAUUAACUUCUAUAAAGCCCGCCACAGUUUUCUGAGACAGGUUCAGGUUCAUUGUUCACACCAAGACCCUUCAUUGUUUUAUUUGUAAUACAAUAGAUUUUAUCAAAGGACUUUACAUUUCUAGGUGGAGUCGUAUAAUAUUAUUCAUAUGUGCAACAGUACAUUUCCUUACCACGUCUUGGUUUUCCCCCUUUUUAUUUUUUACUAGAUAAGAGCCCAGACAGAGUUUAAAAAACAUGCUAAUCUUCUUGUUUAUAGAUUUUAAGCAUUUCAUUUUAAAUAUGUCUAUGCUAGAAGCUAAAACGACCGACCUCUGAUGUUUGGUUCAUCGUUAGAUAAGUUAUUUGGUCACUCGGUGCCUAACUUACAGUCGUCCUUUUAGCUUCCCAGUGGGAAACGGGAAGCCAGGCAGUUUCUCGUCUGCUCUUUUCAGCACAGCUAAACUGUUUAUACCUCUGUGGAUUUGUUUUUCUGGCUUCAUCAUACACUGUAAACCACUAUUGGAACGCUGCUGCUGUUCUUGAUGUUUGCAUAAAAUACAUGUUCGAAGAACAUUCGAAGAUGUCAAAUCAGUGAUUUAGAACAGUGAGAUUACAGAAAUUAUAUUGAGGAAUUGAUAAGAAUAUUAGUACAUAUUAGGAAAAUCUAAACGUUCAGGAGUGUCCAGACAUUUGCAUGUGUAACAGCGUUCUCUCAAAGGUGAACACGCAUUAAGUCCAUCAUUUCUGCUGCCUACAUUCUUCUCGUGGGACUGUUCUUAUAGGUUCCUCAGUUCUUGUUCCAGCUUCUCCUUUUAGCAGUUUGACCAUUUUUAUACAUUAUGUUGGAUGAAUGACACAAGCUGAUUCCAAACUGGGCUUGGUGUCAGUAGUUUAUUAAAAUUCUAGACCAAACUGUUACUUCGCUGUUUAUUCUGCUUUGAUUUUUGAUCGUUCUGAGUGUGACAUCUGACAUGUUUCUGAAUGUCUGCAAUACAAUGAGUUGAUGCCUUUUGAA